GCGGCGGCGGCGGCGGCGGCUGCGGCUGGAGGCGCGAGCCGGAGCCCGCGACGGGGCCGUGGCUUGUCCGGGAGGGUGGCGGGGAGGGACGCACAGGGAAGAUGGCGACGGCGGGCGCGAACGGGCCCGGCUCGGCCACGGCCGCAGCUUCCAAUCCGCGUAAGUUUAGCGAGAAGAUCGCGCUGCAGAAGCAGCGUCAGGCCGAAGAGACGGCGGCCUUCGAGGAGGUGAUGAUGGACAUCGGCUCCACCCGGUUACAGGCCCAAAAAUUGCGAUUGGCCUACACGAGGAGCUCCCAUUACGGCGGCUCUCUGCCCAACGUGAACCAGAUUGGCUGUGGCCUGGCCGAGUUCCAGAGCCCCCUCCACUCGCCUCUGGACUCCUCCCGGGGCACGCGGCACCACGGGCUGGUGGAACGGGUGCAGCGAGACCCCCGAAGGAUGGUGUCCCCGCUCCGCCGCCACCCCCGUCACGUCGACAGCUCUCCCUAUAGUCCUGCCUACCUAUCUCCUCCCCCGGAGUCCAGCUGGCGGAGGACGAUGCCCUGGGGCAACUUCCCUGCAGAGAAGGGGCAGUUGUUUCGACUACCAUCUGCACUGAACAGGACAAGUUCUGACUCUGCCCUUCACACCAGUGUGAUGAACCCCAGCCCUCAGGACACAUAUCCAGGCCCUGCCCCUCCCGGCAUCCUGCCCAGCCGCCGCGGAGGUUUUUUGGAUGGUGACUUGGGCUCUAAAGUCUUUCUCUUUCAAGUCCCUGCUGUUGAGGAGAACUUGCUAGAUGACGAGCAUCUGCUGAAGCCAUGGGAUGCUAAGAAGCUGUCAUCCUCCUCCCGACCUCGGUCCUGUGAAGUCCCUGGAAUUAACAUCUUUCCAUCUCCCGACCAGCCUCCCAGCGUGCCCGUCCUCCCACCUGCCAUGAACACAGGCGGCUCCCUACCUGACCUCACCAAUCUGCACUUUCCCCCACCACUGCCCACCCCCCUGGACCCUGAGGAGACAGCCUACCCCAGCCUGAGUGGAGGCAACAGUACCUCCAACUUGACUCACACCAUGACCCACCUUGGCAUCAGCGGGGGCCUGGGACUGGGCCCGGGCUCGGGCUAUGAGGUGCCAGGACUUCACUCUCCUCUCAGCCAUCCAUCCUUGCAGUCCUCCCUGAGCAAUCCCAACCUGCAGGCCUCCCUGAGCAGCCCCCAGCCCCCGCUCCAGGGCUCCCACAGCCACCCCUCCCUUCCCGCAUCCUCCCUGGCCCGCCAUGCACUGCCCACCGCCUCCCUGGGCCAUCCCUCGCUCAGCGCCCCAGCCCUCUCCUCCUCCACAUCCUCCUCCUCCACUGCCUCUCCUGUGCCGAGUGCCCCCCCUUACCCCACAUCGACCCCUGGAGCCUCCCCCCGCCACCGCCGCGUGCCCCUCAGCCCCCUGAGUUUGCCCGCGGGCCCAGCUGACGCCAGAAGGUCCCAACAGCAGCUGCCCAAACAGUUUUCGCCAACAAUGUCACCCACCUUGUCCUCCAUCACUCAGGGCGUCCCCCUGGAUACCAGCAAACUGUCCACUGACCAGCGGCUGCCUCCAUACCCAUACAGCCCCCCGAGUUUGGUUCUGCCCAGCCAGGCACCCACCCCAAAGCCUCUGCAGCAGCCAGGGCUGUCUUCUCAGGCCUGUUCCAUGCAGCCCUCAGGUGGGCAGCCCCCGGGCCGGCCGCCACACUAUGGUACACUGUGCCCGCCUGGCUCCAGUGGGCAUGGGCAGCAGUCUUACCUCCGGCCGAUGAGUGACUUCAGCCUGGGAAACGGUUUGUCUGUGCGUCCACAGCUGGAGCAGUUCAGCAUGGCGAGCCCAUCAACCAGCCUGGCGCUGGAUCCCCCCAGCUUUUCUGAAGGGCCUGCAUUUUUAGGGGGUGAGGGACCAGUGAGUAGCCUCCAGGACCCUCAUGCCCUCAAUCACCAGAACUUGACCCACUGUUCCCGCCAUGCCUCAGGGCCCAACAUCAUUCUUCCAGGAGAGUCCUCCCCAGGUUUCUCUAAGGAGAUUGCGGCAGCCCUGGCUGGAGUGCCUGGCUUCGAGGUGUCAGCAGCGGGGCUGGGGUUGGGGCUGGGGCUGGAGGAGGAGCUGCGCAUGGAGCCACUAGGCCUGGAGGGGCUCCACAUGCUCAGUGACCCUUGUGCCCUAUUGCCUGACCCUGCGGUGGAGGACUCAUUCCGUAGUGACCGGCUGCAAUGAUGGGCCUCCUGGGCACCCCUCUCCGUGGCCCUGCCCCAUCACUGUUCCUUUCCUCCCUUCCCCCUGGCCAGUAGACUCCACUCUGCCCCAAGAUCCUCUUUCUAAUGUGAAUGAGGGAUCCCAAGAGUGAGGAAAAGCAAAGGAUUUGUCCAGGUGGCCCCUGAAUUCUGCACAAGGGGUGGGCCUAGGGGAGCUCAAGGGAGGGCCUAAAGCACUUGUAACUUUGAACCGUCUGUCUGGAGGUCAGAGCCUGUUGGAGAGCAGGGGUGGAGGGGAGCCCCGGAGGCAGGGCUUGCCCAGAUGCCUAGGGGUGGGCAGUGCCAGCCCCUCCUCACCACUCUUCCCGUUGCAAUGGAGAGAGCCAGAGUGGAUAUUAUUUUUUAUUAAAUAUAUUACACGUUAAUAAAAAAAUUAUAUCAAACA